UUCAAGUCGUGUAGAAUUUGUUUCUUUCUGAAUAGACUGAGAGGAGAACUUCUGUUAGACUCGACUUCAAAGAGAGGUGCGGAGCAAAGAGAUGAGUGUCAUACCGCUUGUUCGCACUGAACGAAGAGCUCCCCUUCCCAAUAUAGGCCUACCGUUCUCACCUUGCCUCACGAUUUCAAUGUUGAAGUCCUCGCGCCGGGAUUGUCGGCAAAACCGGGGCUUCCGCUCCUCCCAAUCUCAUCCAUUCAACCCUUCCAACGCCACCAUGAGCUCCUCCGCUUCAUCCUCUCCUCCCGUUGACACCGACGAAGUCAUCUUUGAAUUGCCCAACGCCAUCAGCCUUUACCAGAGCGGCCGCGUGGACCGCCUCCAUCCCGACGAGCUCGUCCCCCCGUCCCUCAAUCAACCAACCGGCGUCCAAUCUAAAGACGUCACCAUCAACCCCACCACCGGCCUCUCCGCCCGCCUCUACCUCCCGCCCUCCUCUGCCACAAUCCCCAAAAAGCUCCCUGUUUUCAUCUCCAUUCACGGCGGCGGCUUCUGCCUCAUACGCGCCUCCUCCUCCAUCUACCACCGCUACGUGAACUCCAUCACCGCUAAGGCCGGAAUCCUCGCCGUCUCAGUUGACUACCGCCUCGCGCCGGAGAACCCUCUCCCCGCCGCCUACGAUGACUGUUGGGAGGCGCUGGAAUGGGUUUUCGCCGCCUCCGAUCCUUGGCUGUCUGAAUUUGGCGAUUUGGACAACGUUUUCAUUGCUGGGGAAAGCGCUGGGGCAAACAUAGUGCACGACGUGGGUAUUCGGCUUGGGAGAGAGGGGAAGAAGGUGGAAGGGCUGGUGCUGAUGCACCCUUUCUUUUGGGGGAAGGAUAGGAUUGGAAAUGAAGGGAUAGAAAACGGGAAUGGGGAACUCUUGAAGGCGAAGGAUGCCGAUGCGCUGUGGCUGAUCGUAUAUCCGGAGACCACGGGGCUUGACGACCCGAGAAUCAAUCCGGCGGCUGAGGGUGCGCCAAGCCUGGCGACGUUGGGGUCCCGGCGAGUGUUGGUGGGCGUCGCGGAGCUGGAUUUGUUCAGAGAGAGGGGAAGGGUUUACUACCAGAAGUUGAAGGAGAGCGGGUGGGAAGGGAAAGCAGAGUUUUUGGAGUCGGAGGGCGAGGAACAUUGUUUCUACUUUAUGAAGCCUGAGAGCUCCAAGGCGGAGGAGAUCAUGGAGCGGCUCGUCAACUUCUUCAACAAAUCCUAACCAUCAUAGUCUGUUACAGUUUGCAAAAUAA